CGGUUUGCUCUCUACUGCCACUGUAAUGCUCGAGAGGAGGGCAGUGUGAACCGGGUUCUGCGUGCACAGACAAGUGCGUUUAACUCCCCUAGAAUUCCUCCAGCAGAGAUGCACGCUUAUCCAGCGCCUAUUCGGCGACAUUUCUCAAAUGUUGCUCUCUACAUUCUCUAGUUUCUUAGCUCGGAAUUGUCAUUUUGACCCACCCUCCAUCUAAAAGACAUGCAACUUUGGGAGAGCUUGGCAACCAGGUAGUGGACAGCUGUACAGCAGCAGCAUGCUGUUUCUAGCAAACAACAUUCCCUGGAUCUUCGCUGAGUCAAUCCAUGGAUACUUCGUUUGUGGAUGUAUAUUCAGAUGGUCUGAUUGACGCCUGAGUGGAGGGAAUACGCAGAAAGGCGAAGGAGAAUGGCUUCGAAAGAGCGACUGUACGAGCUGUGGAUGUUAUAUUACACUAAGAAAGAUGUCGUUUACCUGCAGCAGUGGUUGGAGGCAUUCGUGGCGUCUUUUGAGAAGGUCAUUGAUGUGCAGUCGACGGAGCCUCGCCGGCUGGAGGAAUGGAGCGCAGAUGUUCCCCUCCUCCCCAAGGAGGUACUGGUGUUCCUCAGCACCCAGCUGUGGCACAGCGCCCUCCACAUGUCAGGGCAGGAACAGAGCAGCACUGCUCCACACCCACUGCUCCUCAUCAAGUUCUUCAUCAUCAUCUGCAGGAAUAUGGAGAAUAUAGACUCUGAAAAGACCCCUGGGUUUGUGUUUGAGACAAUCAAGCUCCUAAACUUCUGUUUGACUCAGCUGAAGAAGCGGCCAGAUGAUAGCAGUUUACAGUCGGUGGUACAACAUGGCCUGCUGCUGUGCGAAAACCUCUUUGACCCUUAUCAGACGUGGAGGAGACGGCAGGCAGGGGAGGAGGUCAGUAUGCUGGAGAGAAGCAAGUAUAAAUUCUCCCCUCUUGUUCUACCAGAGGAGCUUCCUUUGCUCUUCCACGACUACCUACAAGACAUUGAACUAAUCCCGGAACCCCUCGUGGUGAGGCUGGUGCACCUACAGGGAGCCAUAAUCAGUGGAUGCAAGAGGAACGGCCUUCUCUCCAUCACCCCCCAGGCUGUGAAGGACCUCAUGUCCGUGCUGCGUUCCUGGUGCCUGUGUCCUGCCUCAUCCCCGCAAGAACCCAGGGAUCCUCAGCUGCUCAGAAUGACCCUGCGGUGCCUGACCGCAAUGAUCCACCUUUUGCACUCCAGCAGCCCGAAUGACAGGCAGGUGGAGAUCCGGACCGUACUGGACAGUUACUUCCAGCUGCUCAACUGGAACCGGCCACCGGAGAGCCAGCAGGAAGAUAUCCUGGCUUGGGAGGAUAACCUCAUUACCCUUCUCGAACAUAUGCUGAAUGCUAUACCAGAGAUCCUGCAGUGUUCAGACCGGCCGGUGUUGCAGGCCAUCUUUCUCAAUAACAACUGUUUUGAGCACAUCCUCCGCCUGAUCCAGAACAGCAAGCUCUAUCAGAGUAACAGGUUUAUGGUGGAGUGUGAGGGCCAAUGUGACCUCACUACACGUUUGCUCACAGAGGCUGAAGUGGAGCAGGUCUGGGAAAAGGGCUCUGACUGCAUCACAGUACACGCCAUUCGAGUCCUCACUGCCAUUAUGAGCAACUCGCCGUCUGCCAAGGAGGUCUUCAAGGAACGGAUUGGCUACUCACAGCUGUUCGAUGUGUUGAAAAGUCAAGGACAGCCCACCAAAAGACUCCUGCAGGAGCUGAUGAACAUGGCUGUUGAAGGAGAGUAUUCCCAGGCCAUGCAGUUAGGCAUCAGUAACGAACAGCCUUUGCUCCUGCUGCUACAGUGGUUGCCUGAUCUGGGCUCUCGCUCUCUGCAGCUGCUGGUGUCCCAGUGGCUGGCGGCCGUGUGUCGAGGAACUCUGUCCUGCCGUACUGUAGCCGUCGAAGCGGGCUUAGUGGGCGCUGUGCUGGAGGUGCUUUCUGAACCCCCGGAGCGGCUUGACCGGCAGUGCGCGGACGCCCUCCUGGGCUUGUUUCAAGACUUGGGAUCUCUUUCUUUACGGCCCUGUGAACUGAAGAGUCUGCUGAAGCUCUUGCGGACUGAGCCCAGGGCUUCCCCUCACCCAUACUGCGGGCGCGUUGUAAGGGUGCUUUCCGCCAUGGCGGCACGUGGGGAGGGCGGGUGCAGCGCCUUGCAGUAUUUUGACCUUACGCCCCCUAUGGCGGGUAUUAUGGUGCCAGCUAUACAACGCUGGCCAGGGAGUGCGUUUGCUUUCCACGCCUGGCUGUGCCUCAACACGGACUUUCCUCCACCCCAGCACCACUACUCCGAAUCCCACCUGACACACCCGGAUAAUACAGUUCGCAUGGCUAUGGGACCACGCAGGAAACAGCUUUACAGUUUCUUCACAGCAAGCGGAACUGGCUUUGAAGCUUUUUUCACCACAGAAGAAGUUUUGGUUGUUGCAGUAUGUACUAAAAAGGAGUACAUGGCAGUUUCCUUGCCAGAACACCCAUUCAAUGACUGUGCCUGGCACUCAGUAGCCAUAGUUCACGUUCCUGGCCGUCGACCUUUUGGACAGAAUGUGGUCACUGUUUAUGUGGAUGGAGUGCCGUGUAAAACAGCACCCCUGCGCUUUCCUUCUCUGAAUGAGCCUUUCACUUCCUGCUGCAUUGGAUCAGCUGGUCACCGGACCACUACCACUAUGACUACCUCUCCAACCCUGACCAACCCAUCCCACUCGCCCUCCGAGAUGGCAUUUGCAGCUCAUACUGGGCCACCCACCCUUGCACGCUCCCAGUCCUUCCCAGCAUCCUUUGCAGCAGCCACAGGGGGGAGGCCAGGUGUGAGUCGUGACAGUCCGGUCCACACCAUCCCAGCAGGGCUACAGGACACCGCAUGGGGUUCUCCUACAUCACUGGGUGGCCUUUUAGCCACGGCGUUCAUCUGCCAUGAAGCUCUGCAGCCUGCUCAGGCACGAGCCUUGUUCAUUGCCGGUCCCAAUAAUGUAUCUCUUUUCAAAGCUGAUGGUGAGCCGUCAGAAGUCAACAGUAAGCUAGUGCUAUACUAUACCCCACAGGCCUUUAAGAGUCAGAUCUGCUUGGAUCUAUCCCCCAAUCAUCUGUACGAUGGCAGGUUGACUGGUCACAGAGUGGUGAACUGGGACGUCAAAGAUGUGCUGAGCUCAGUAGGUGGGAUGGGGGCUCUCCUGCCCCUGUUGGAGCAGGUAUGUUCACUGGAUCAGGGCGAGACAGUAGGUCAGGAGACUUCAGAUCUUCUCGGGCCAGAGCUCACGUCCUCCAGGGGUCCUGCCGGCAUGCUGCUGCCACUAGGGAAGUCAUCUGAGGGCCGUUUAGAGAAGAACAGUGUGGCAGCGUUUUUACUGAUGAUUAAGAACAUGUUGCGCAACCACCCAGCCAAUCAGGAGAGUCUGCUCCAGUGUCACGGGCCGCCCAUCAUCGGAUCCAUGCUCGGCAAGGUCUCUAGCAGUAUGAUGGACAUGAGCGUUUUGAUGGCCUGUCAGUUCCUGCUCAAGCAGGUGUCCAGCGAGGGCAACAAUGCCCUCCUAUCACAACUGUACCAGUACUUGCUCUUUGACUUCAGGAUCUGGAGCCACAGCCACUUUGCUGUCUGUCUGGGUCAUGUGCAGUACCUAACCACUGUCAUCAAUGAAGGCAAGCUAAAGACUCGCAAGAGGUACGGUGUUCAAUACAUCCUGGACUCAAUUCGGACACACUACAGUGCGGAGAAGGAUGGCAGUCCUCUGUCUGAAGAGAGACAGACGGUGCAAAUCUCGCUUUUCGCUCUGCUGAAAGACCUUCUGAAAUCUCCCACUGCUGAGGAGCUGCAGAGUGUACUAGCCUAUGCUGCUAUAGUGCAGGACGAGCAACAGGUGAUCAGCAUUCUGGAUGUGUUACACACUGUUUUGAGGAGUUCUCCUCAUCCACGUGAGCAGGCUGUGACGGUUCUUCUGGAGCGAGGGGUGGAGCAGCUCUACUGUCUGCUGCUCAAACACAACUUUGGAGACGAGGCUCGUGAGAGAUUAUUCCGGGUCAUGUAUAAAGUCCUGAAGAGUGAGCGUGUACCUGAGCGCAAUAAACUGCGCAUCAAACUUAAGGAUUCCAGUUACCUUGGGCUGGUCUGCUCCUUUGGAGACAUUCCCAUCACCAUGGCAACUGUGCGCUGUCUGUAUGAGCAGGUGCUCGCCACAGAUCCCACUCCUAAUUUUAGAGACCUGUUGGCAGUGGCAUAUCUGUCCCAUCGUGCCGACCUCAGUGUACGACUAGAUAUUUGUCGAAAGCUCUUCCACUUGAUCUACUCCAAUGAAGAGUAUGUAAAGCAGCUCGCUCGUCAGUCAGGCUGGCAGGAUGUUCUCACCAAACUCUACGUCAAAGAAUCUUACGAGUCUCGUGUUCUCAGCCAAUCCAAUUCUUUAUCCAGCCCCACCACUGCACUGGACCCCGUUCUUUCCAGAACCGUCUUCCGUCGGGAGGACAGCGUAAUGGAGGACGCUCGGCAGAACGUCUACAUCUCCCUCAAUACCCGCCAUGAAGAGGAGUUUGAGGAGGAAGAAGCUCAGGAUGUGUCAGAGGGCUACUCUGACCUCUCCCAGUCUCCCCCGUCAUCCGAACAACUCAAGAACGGUUCCCUCCACUUUAAGCCAUUUGACUCUGGAGAACAAAGCAGUCAUUCAUCCUCCCUGUCCAACACUGUGGAUAUUCCAGCAUCGUCCCGCCUGCUAGAGGAAGAUGAAAGUGUGUAUCAGCCGCAAUCGCCCUUCAACUUACCCUUUGAGAUGGAACUAAGCCUCCAAAAAGGACCCCAGACCCCUGUGGGUAGUCAACCAGAGACUCCCUCUCCUCUGGAGCACAGUAAGACCUUCCCAGGCAUGAGACCACGCAAGAGCUCCAGUCUGUCCAACGUUCUGGAUGACACAAGCUAUAGCACGGAACCGCCCACAGACACCAUCUCCAACACAUCCAACCCACAGGCUCCAGAGGAGGAGUUGUGUAAUUUGCUGACGAACAUCGUAUUCUCUGUGCUGUGGAGUGGCACUGAGGGGUCUGAGGAUGUGAUAUGGAGAGAAAGGGGUCAGGUGUUCUCUGUCCUUACCAAGCUUGGUUCGUCAUGCCAACUGGUGCGGCCACCUGACGACAUCAAACGCAGUCUGUUGGAGAUGAUGCUGGAGUCGUCUCUGUCAGAUCUGAGGGACUCUCAGGGUGUGUCUCUGCACCAUGUGCCUUCUUUGCUUCGCCUCCUCAGACUGCUCCAGGACUUCCUAUUUGCCGAGGGCACUGACAAUCAAACACUAUGGAGUGAGAAGAUCUUUGAAGGUGUGGUGAAUCUGCUGGACAGGCUUCAGGCGUGGCACACGACCCCCGGGUCAGCGGGGUCUGCUGAGCUCAAGGAGAUGUCUCUGAUUGGCCUGCGUAUCAUCACUGGAUAUAUUCAGCAGCAGCAGAACCCACAGGUGUGUGAGAUGGCAUGUUUAAAGCUCCAUAGCCUGCUGCAAACUGUGUUAUGUCUGUCCUGGGAGGAGGUGUGUUUUCUGCUGGGUCGUCUUGGUGCACCACUUUGGCCAGCAAACUCUGGUUCAGACCCGGGCGCCGAGGCUUUGCUGAGCCCGCUGGUGCCCAUCGUCCGAACGCUUUUGGACCAGCAUGCGGAUCGCACCACCCUUCAGAAUAUGCUCCCCAACCUCCCCGCCACCAACGGCAGCCCCUCCUUCGCCCAGGACCUCCAGAACUACUGCAGCACUGCUGAGUGGCAGCAGUUCUUCCAGAACCACGUGGAGCCCACAAUGCAGCAGUAUGAGCUAGACACUUUUGGAAAGAGUCACGACCUGAUGUCCAACUUUUGGAAUUCGUGCUUUGAUGACCUCAUGAGCUCUGCGCAGAGAAGAGACAAGGACCGUUCUGACUGCAAAGCCAAGUUUCAGGAGCUCAUCAUUGACCCGUUAAAACGAGUGCGCACAGAGAACAGCCGCUACCACACUGUGCAGAAGAUGAUUAACGGCCAGCAGGCGGUGGUGGUGAGGCACUGGAAAUCACUGCGUAGAUUACUGAGCAGUGAGAGAGGAGCAUGGGCACUCAGGGUUCAGCCAGAGGUGAAAUGGAAACUGUCGAGUGCAGAGACCUACUCUAAGAUGCGUCUGAAGCUGGUGCCCAACUACAACUUUGACUCCCAUAGUGAUGCCAGUGCACUGAGAGAUAACAUGGGAGCCGAUAGCCCUCGCAGCUCGACCGAGCCCAUCCCUCUUGCUGUUGCCAAGGAAGCCAAAGUUAGUGACAUGGAGGAUGACAAACUAGAAGAUGAGGAAAUUGUCUUCCUUGAUGAGGCGGAAGAGGGCGAGGAGGAGAGCCAGAAAGAAAAGCUGGUGCUCUCAGAGGAGUGUGAGCUCAUCACUAUUGUUGCCGUGGUACCAGGUCGUCUGGAGGUCACAACACACCACCUGUACUUCUACGAUGGCAGCAGUGAGAAAGAGGAGACAGAGGAAGGUAUUGGGUUUGAUUUCAAGAGGCCGUUGUCACAGCUAAGGGAGGUCCACCUGAGGCGAUACAACCUGCGGAGAUCAGCACUAGAGCUGUUCUUCAUUGACCAGGCACACUACUUCAUCAACUUCAGGAAGGGGGUGCGAAACAAAGUCUACUCCAGGAUCUUGGGACUCAGACCGCCCAAUCUGUUCUACUUUGGUUCUCGAUCUCCUCAGGAGCUCCUGAAAGCCUCCAACCUGACUCACAGAUGGGUUUGCAGAGAGAUCUCCAAUUUUGAAUAUUUGAUGCAGCUCAACACCAUUGCUGGUCGCACAUACAAUGAUUUAUCCCAGUAUCCAGUGUUCCCCUGGGUGUUGUGUGACUACACGUCUGCUGAAUUGGAUCUGGAAGACCCAGCAGUUUUCAGAGAUCUGUCCAAACCCAUUGGUGUUGUCAACUCUCGCCAUGCACAGAACGUCAGGGAGAAGUAUGAGAGUUUUGAGGACCCAACAGGCACUAUCGAUAAGUUCCAUUAUGGCACACACUACUCUAAUGCUGCCGGUGUCAUGCACUACAUGAUCCGCACAGAGCCCUUCACCUCAUUACAUAUACAGCUCCAGAGCGGCAAGUUUGAUUGUGCCGAUAGGCAGUUUCAUUCAGUAGCAGCAGCGUGGCAGGCGCGAAUGGAGAGUCCAGCUGACGUGAAGGAGCUCAUCCCAGAGUUCUUCUACUUCCCAGAGUUCCUGCAGAACAUGAACGGUUUUGAUCUGGGCUGCUUGCAAAUGAAUCAGGAGAUGGUCAAUGACGUGUUGCUUCCCCCCUGGGCGUCUUCGCGUGAAGACUUCAUCAGGAAACACCGAAAAGCCUUGGAGAGUGAGCAUGUGUCUGCUCACCUGCACGAGUGGAUAGAUCUCAUAUUCGGGUGUAAGCAGCGAGGACCUGAAGCAGUGGAGGCUCUUAAUGUCUUCUACUACUGCACUUAUGAGGGUGCCGUGGAUCUGGACGCCAUAGCUAAUGAGACCGAGCGCAAGGCCCUGGAAGGCAUCAUCAGCAACUUUGGCCAAACGCCCUGUCAGCUUCUCAAGGAGCCUCAUCCUCCCCGUAUGUCAGCAGAGAACGCAUUUAGGCGGCAGGCCCGCCUGGACAUUUUACCCCCUAACCUGUUUGAUCAGCUCAGUAAACUCCGAUCUUUUAAGGAGGUGGUGAGUGAUGGUCUGCCGUUAGUGCAAGCCGUGGUGCCCAGAAACCAAACCCGCUCUUUUAUCAUCCCAGGUUCUGACAUACUGGUGACAGUGAGUGCUAAUGGAAUGAUAGGCACUCAUAGCUGGCUGCCCUAUGACAAGAACAUAGCUAAUUACUUCACCUUCACCAGAGACCCCUCUGUGAGCAACCCAAAGACCCAGCGGUUCCUCAGCGGGCCGUUCUCCCCAGGGGUGGAAAUCGGCUCCCAGGUGCUGGUGGUGUCCAGUGACGGGCGUCUGCUGUUCAGCGGGGGGCACUGGGACAGCAGCCUGCGGGUCACUAUGUUAGGCAAGGCCAAGCUGGUGGGCAGGAUCUGCCGUCACAUAGAUGUGGUCACAUGCCUGGCUUUGGAUCUCUGUGGUAUCUACCUCAUCUCUGGCUCACGGGACACCACCUGCAUGGUGUGGCAGGUCCUACAGCAGGGUGGUUUCUCUAGCGGUCUGUCUCCACGGCCCGUACAGGUGCUCUGUGGACAUGAUCAAGAGGUCACGUGCGUCGCCAUCAGCACUGAGUUGGAUAUGGCGCUCUCAGGGUCAAAGGAUGGCACAGUAAUCAUGCACAGUGUGCGUCGUGGACAGUACCUGCGGACCCUGAGACCACCGUGUGAGAGCUGCCUUCCUGCCCCUGUAGCACAGCUGGAGGUCGGCAUGGAGGGACACAUAGUGGCACAGACCGUUAUGGAGGGCCGCUCAGCCGGAAAGGAGAAAUAUGCACUGCAUGUGUAUUCUGUAAAUGGCUCUCUCUUAGCAUCUGAGACCUUGGAUGAAAAGAUUUCAGCUUUGCACCUGGUGCCUGACUACCUCAUUGUGGGCACACAACAGGGGAACCUUCACAUUCGAGACUUGUACAGCUUAAAUCUGGCUGUGGCUCCCUUGGCCCUGAAGGUCCCUGUGCGCUGUGUUUCUGUCACGAAAGAGAGCAGUCAUAUCCUGGUGGGCCUACAGGAUGGCAAACUCAUUGUGGUGGGAGCAGGAAAACCAGAAGAGGUGCGAUCGGGGCAGUUUUCCCGCCGACUGUGGGGCUCCACACGUAGAAUCUCCCAGGUGUCCUCAGGAGAGACCGAAUACAACCCCGUUGAACCUCCUGGUAAAUGAGCCCCACGUGCCUUCAGCAAAACCUUCGCCUCCACAAGAGACGAUAGCGUCACCGUUCCUUCAGAGCUCAUCUGGUUUCCUGCAGUCCCAAAACAGAGAGCUUGGGAACAAGAGAGCAUGAAGGGGACAUCCAAACAUGCACUUUUUUUUGUGAAAAGGGAACAUUCUUCUCAACAGUGCGAUGAUUUAUACUGCUUUUAACAAACACACAUUCCAAAGAUUUUUGGUCGGGCGAAUCAAGCGGUCGUCUGCAAGUUUUUAAGCAUCGACGGCUAAGACUGAACUUAAACUUUUUAAAAGCAGUAUGUUCUGUCCUGUGAAUCACAGACUGGGCCGGAGCCCGAGGCACUGAAGCUCAGCGUGAUGGACUUAGUCUCUGUCACUAAGUGACAAACCGUAAUCACCUGAGCUGUUUAAUAGUAUAGUAGAUCUUCCUAUGCUGAUUUUUGCUUUUGCUUCGCUGAUCACGGUCGGCACAGCAACACUGGUACUCCGUCUGACACUUGAAAACUUUCUUUUAUUGAGCAAUGUCGUCUAUGAAUUCAGAUUUUUCCAUGGGACAGGCACCAACAGAGACAUUUUAGCUCUGUGUAUGUAUGUGGGUGUGGGUGUUUGUAUUGCUUUGCACGGUUACUCGCAGAUGCUUUGUAUAACGCAAUAAUUAUGUGACGCCUAAAUUGGAACAAGAUCCUUUCACUCUUGUCUGUCGAUGUGAAGCACUUUGAGCCCUACUAAGUCUUGAGACUUGAUUCAGUACCUCUGGUGCCUUAAAACAGGUAAACAAUUUAAAUGUUCAUAAUUAUGAUUGAUUAUGACAUGAAAUAUAUUAAAGGGAUAGUUCACCCGAAAAUGAAAAUUUGUCAUCACUGAGUCACCCUCGCGUCAUUCCAAACAUGUAUGACUUUCUUUCUCCUGCGGAACGCAAAAAAAAAAAAUAA